CAUCCUCCCCUCCCCAUCCCUGGCUGGCUGGCUGGCUCCCUUGCGCGCUCUUCUCCUCUCUUCCCCUUCUGGCCAAGAUGGCAACCGAGGGGCUGCAGGAGAAGGAGAGCCUGGCCGGGCUGAAAACCGAGGCGGAGAGUCUGAAGGGCAAGCUGGAAGAGGAGAGGGCCAAGCUGCACGAUGUGGAACUGCAUCAGGUGGCGGAGCGCGUGGAGGCUUUGGGACAAUUUGUGAUGAAGACACGGAGGACCCUGAAAGGCCAUGGUAAUAAAGUCCUCUGUAUGGACUGGUGCAAGGACAAAAGAAGAGUUGUCAGCUCUUCUCAGGACGGGAAGGUGAUCGUUUGGGAUGCCUUCACCACCAAUAAGGAGCAUGCGGUGACGAUGCCCUGCACAUGGGUGAUGGCAUGUGCCUAUGCUCCGUCUGGAUGCGCCAUUGCAUGUGGUGGUCUGGAUAACAAAUGCUCGGUAUACCCCCUGACCUUUGAAAAAAACGAGAACCUGGCUGCUAAGAAGAAAUCUGUCGCAAUGCACACUAACUACUUGUCAGCUUGCAGCUUCACUAAUUCUGAUAUGCAGAUCUUGACUGCAAGUGGUGAUGGUACUUGUGCCCUCUGGGACGUCGAAAGCGGGCAGCUUCUACAGAGUUUCCACGGACACGGUGCAGAUGUCUUGUGCCUGGAUCUUGCUCCUUCAGAAACCGGGAACACGUUUGUGUCGGGGGGAUGUGAUAAAAAAGCAAUGAUCUGGGACAUGCGGACCGGACAAUGCAUUCAAUCCUUCGAAACCCACGAGUCAGAUAUUAAUGGUGUCAGGUACUACCCAAGUGGAGACGCCUUUGCUUCUGGCUCAGAUGAUGCCACAUGCCGUUUAUAUGACCUCCGAGCAGACAGAGAGGUGGCCAUUUAUUCCAAAGAAAGCAUCAUCUUCGGAGCAUCCAGCGUGGAUUUUUCUCUUAGUGGGCGUUUAUUAUUUGCGGGCUACAACGACUACACCAUAAAUGUUUGGGAUGUUCUGAAAGGAUCUCGCGUCUCCAUUUUGUUCGGCCACGAGAACCGCGUUAGCACUUUGAGGGUUUCGCCCGACGGGACUGCGUUUUGUUCUGGAUCUUGGGAUCACACUCUAAGAAUCUGGGCUUAAGUAGCAGGGCAGUUUCCCACCAUGUAUUCACAUAGGGAACCAUAGGAUCGCAAACCCCACGGAACAUCAGUUUAAUGGGGGGGGAGGAAACCUGCCGCAAAGAACUCUAUCACGACCUUAAAUGGAUGGUGAAAAGAUGGAAAGAGACACCGUGUUAGUAUUUAUCACAUCGCUGCCCAAUUCAAAGCUACUUCUAGAUAGACAAUAUAUAUAGAUAGAUAUAUAGAUAGAUAUACCUUUAUCGUACGCGAGGGGCGCUGGGCGUGAGAGUUUAUGUGUUGCUAUAGUCAGAACAUGUUUUUAAUUCUCUUUUUUUGAAACUACUGUACCUUUUUUUUUUUUUUGUCCUUUGAUAGAGAGGAUAAUCAUUCUAAAGCCAGACUUUUGGAGAAAUCAUAACUGGUUAGCAUUUUAAAUCACGCUGUCCAUGUCGUGUUUGCAUGAAAUGACGUUCCUUUCUAAAGUCGAUUUGGCAUUAAAAUAGAAACCAGUGUAAGGGGUUGGUGGUUGUUGUUUUUUUGCUUUGGAUUUUUGUUUUUUUUGUUUUUUUUUUAAAGAAAUCAGGGUAUCUGAGGGUUUGUUUGCACAUUCCAUAUUAGAAGCAGGACGAGAGGAAGCGAUUCUCUUUCCUUGCUCUUCAAGGUCUCAGGUGACACAGAGAGAGAGAGAGAGAGAGACAGUGCUGUGCAAUGGGUAGGCUGGAUUCGAAGUCCCCACUCAGCCGUGAAGCACACCGGGUGCCCGUGGCCUCAGUCACUAUCUCUCAACCUAGCCUACCUCAUAAGAUUGUUGUGUGGGGGGAAAAAAACCCCUCCACAAAGUGGUGCAGAAGACGAAUGACGCUGCCUUGGUCAUCUUGGGAGUCAAUUCGGGAUAGAAAACAGAGGCCGUAUAAAUUGAACGAGUGACUGCAAAGCUCUUUGGGUGGGAUCUGGCUUGAUGACAGGACCUCUCCCGGUUACUUGAGGCCCCAUCCAAAAAGAUUGUGGGGAACGGAAAAUCUGGUGCAUCGACCAGAUUUCCAUCUUCCUUUUGGCUCUUAUGGAAUGCAUGCAUCAAACCUGAUUGGAAACCGUCUUUCUUCCAACCGAAAAGAAACGAAUAAUUCAAAUUAAAAUUGGUGGUUUGUAUUUGCUGUUUCUGUGAGCUGGAUCCAAGGGGUGCCCAAAUUCAGGUAGUCCUCGAUUUACAACAGCUCAUUUAGUGACCGAAGUUGCAACGACACUGAAAAAAGUGACUUAUGACCAUUUUUUGCACUUAUGACCGCUGCAGCAUUCCCCAUGGUCAGGUGAUUUAUCUUCGGAUGCUUGACAACUGGCUCACAUUUAUGACGGUUGCAGUGUCCCGGGGGGGGGGUCGCGUGAUCCCCCUUUGCGCCCUUCUGAUAAGCAAAGCCCAUGCGGAAGCCAGAUUCACUGAACACUGUUGUUACUAACUUAACAACUUGCCGUGAUUCACUGAACAACAGUCGUAAAAUGGGGCAAAAGUCAUUUAGCAAAUUUCUCACUUAACAACAUCAAUUCUGGGCUCAGUUGUGGUCGUAAGUCGUGGGCUGCCUGUACCAUCGGGUUGUAACUUAACUUGGACAUAUUUCCAGCCACGGCAUCCUUCGAUCCUUCGAAUGAUCGAAGAUCCUUGCGAUUCUGAAAUUCCAAUGGCCGCCGUCCCUGUGAUCCCAUUUCAGGUCCUUGGCAAUCGGCUCGCAUUUGUAGCCAUUUGCAGCUUUAAUCUGAUUUACAAUGCUUUGCUGAAAACUGAUGUUUACGUCCCGUUUUCAACAAAACCGCCUCAUAGCGAACAAUGGUUCCGCUUAACAACCGCAGCAUUCGCUUAAUGGCUGUAGAGUUCACUUUACAACCGUGGCGGAUGAUCCCUUAAUGACUGUAAGGUUGUAGAAUCGGGCCUGGUCAUGUGACGAUCUGCUUAUGACCGACUUACGACUGUAACGGGCAAGGUUUCCUCCUGGUUGUAGGUUGAGGUCUCCCUGUCUUGUUAGGAAGACAGGAUUACUACCAGGGAUCAGUUGUUGGCCUAAUUUCGGGAAAAUGCUAUUUUUUAUUAGUUUAUAGUAUAAAAUACAAAAAUUAGUUGUUGGCCUUAAUUUCAAAGACAUCUCAAAGUGUUGCGUUUGGUCAACAAAUCUGUUUUUUUCCCCUUGUUGGAUGGGGAGGAAGGGAUGAUGACCCCCCCCCCAAAAUAUGGUAAAUGAAGAGGUUGGAGUCCUCUGUUCACACGAAGAGCAACCCAUUAAUAGGUUAUGCUUUGAGGAACAUUCUUUAGGAGAGUAGAGUCCCUAAUAACAGUCAGCAAAGCAGUGUGCUCCAAAUCCUGUUUUUCCCACCUCAGGGGUGUCCAAUCUUGGCAACUUUUUAAGACCGUGGACUUCAACUCCCAGAAUUCCUGAGCCAAGCAACUUUAAGACUUGUGGACUUCAACUUCUAGAAUUCCCCAACCAGCCAUUCUGGGAGUUGGAAGCCCCACAAGUCUUAAAGUUGCCAAGGUUGAACAUUCCUGCCUUAAAUGGACCUUCUGAACUCAUGCCACUGAAAUACAGGAGAAAGGCAACUUCCCCAUAAUUUUUUGACCAAAAACAACGCAACAUAGAGAUCAAAGCCAUUGGCAUAUUUUCUUUAGUUCAAAUUUAAUCAUAGUGCUGGGAGGCAGGAUUUUUUUUUCUCUCUCUCUCUCUCUCUCCCUCCCAAGAAAAGAAUUUUUUUUUUUUACUGAAUGGGCUGUUUUUAAAGCAGAGUUUGUGACCUUUGGGUGGUGAAUUGAAAUUGGAAGGCUUUUUGAAGAUAGCGUAUAGAAGUUAUUGUGAUUAUUAUUUAGAAAGACGGAUUCAUGAAGAUGACUUCAUGGGACUUCUCUGAAUCUACAUACACAGGUCUAGGAAGAGGUGUAAAUAUUUCUAAGUGAUUCCAUGUUUCUAGGGAAUUGACAUUCUGCCAUUCCUGGAAACAGCUUGACAAAUCACUGCCCUGGCACUUUCCACUUGGAAAAGAGAUCGGCGUCCUUUUUUAUGACAUGGGCAACCAGUUUUGCCCAUUGUCCAAGGGGCUGCCCUGUAGAAAUGACCACUGUUAGCUUGUGAUGCAAUGACGAUCUGACACUCCAAACACUUUGAUGCAGUAUUUAUUGGUGAGAUGUUUUGAGUUUUGAAUGGAAUACGUAGUGUUGAUUAACUUAUGAAUGGCUGCACUAUAAUAAAUUGUAUUUUACAUACCGAG